CGCCCCUCUGCAGCAGGUAGAGCACCAGUCUCAAAGUCUCUCCCAGCAGGGCCUCCCCCAGGCCCAACCCUCUUCCCCAGCACUCCCGGGGGAGGCGCCCAAGGCCGACGUGCAGUAAAAAACACUUUCUCCCAAGUUUUUGCGCAUUUUCCACGUCCUAUCUGAUACCUGCACUCGGGCCCCAGUGGCGUUCGUAUCCCCACCCCAGGACUCCGGAAGGCCUACUGCUGCCUCUCUUUCUCCAUCCCAGGCCUGCGCCAUGGGCCGCUCGUACGGAGGCCGGGUACUGGCCGCGAUGACCCUUCUGGGCAUCCCGGCCGCGGUGCUGGUCGCGCUGGCUGCGCAGCUGCUGUUCCAGCUCCAGGCAGGGCGCGCGGAGCUGCGGGGCAUACGCACCGACGGGCUGCACCCGGAGCUGGACCCCGAUGCCGGGCUACCGGAAGCUGCGGCUGGGGCAUUGCUGCCGCUGGCGACGGCGCUGGCCGCGUUGGCACAGGUCCUCGGGCUUAGCUGCUUGCUGCUCGCCGCGCUCUGCGGUCACCUGGGCGCGGAGUUGGCACGCGGGCCGGGGCCGGGCAGGUCGGACUGGUUUCUGUAUGACUGCCGCCUCCUCAGGCACUCAGCGCUUGGCCUGUUCUGCUGUGGGGUCUCCGUCUAUUUAGCAGCGCUGGCCAUUUAUGCCCUGCUGCUGUUCGAGAUCGAGGCGGGCGCAGCAGCCGCAUCCAUCCUGGGCGCGGGCGCCCUCAUCCUGGUGGCGAUAAUGACCCACACCUUGUUCCGGGCUGUUCAGGCCACUCGUCGGGGUCUCCGGGAGCUGCCCCCACCAUCCUCUGAAGAUGAGCCGGCCCGGUCUUCAGAAGACUCCAAAGCUGGUUGCAGAGCUCAGCCCCAGCAGGAUGAGGAAACGGAGACCCCAGUAGGGGCUGUGACUCACCAAGGGUCCCAUUUCUGAGCAUCAGAGCCUGGACAUGCACCCAGGUCUUGUGACCCCACUCUCAUGAUCCUGGAAGAAGGCUCAAGUCUUAGACUUCAAUUCUCUGGUGUUCUCUGGGAAAAUGCGGACAUUUGAACCUUGAAUGUGGAACUCAGAGCAGCCUAAGGCCAGGGGCAUUCAGGGAUGGCUGGGGUUUAGCUGUGGGUCCAAGACUGAAUGUGUCUCCUUGCUAUGUCUCUGUUUCCUUAUCUGCAAAAUGCAGACAGGGGAAGAGACACAGGAAGAUACACACAGUAAGCCCUCACUUCAUAUUAGCCAUGUAUCCUAGUUGUAUUGUUGCUGUGACUAUAUGUUUGACAAGACACUUAAGGAAGCAAAGGGCUAGCUCUGGCUCAUAGCUCCAGGCUAAACCCCACUCCUGGUAUUAUUUGUCUUUGUCAAUUAUUUCUGUUGCAGAGAUAAAACACCCUGACCACAGCCACUUAAGGGAGCAAGGGCUUAUUCUGUCUUGCACUUCAAGGGUGUGGUUCAUCAUGGCAGGGAGGGAGCAGUAGACAUCAGGUCAUGUGACCUCCCCAGUCAAGAAGGGGGGGGGGGAUGAAAGCCACCUCAGGUCCUUGUAGUCCAUGGGCUGGUGCUGCCCAUAUUUAAGAUAGGCCAUCCCAUCUUACUGAAGUCAGUCUGGAAACUGCACCGGACAUGCCCAGAGGUGGUCUCCAAGGUGACUCUAGAUCUGUUUGGGUUGAUAAUCAGUAUUAACUUGCUGUUGUUGGCACAUGUGUGGAAUCAGGAGACUGUCUCCUUUGGGAAUGGAAGGGGCACACUGACCACAGAGAUCUCCACCCCUCUCCCAACUUGCACAACUGCAGGAAUAAACUCAGAUAGUGGCUU